AUGGAUAACUGCAAUAUAGCUAGUUGGAACGUUAGGGGUGUUAAUAACAAGAAUAAACAAAACUUUGUUCUAGAGUUUUGUAGUCUGAAUAAAAUUGGAGUUGGGGCCUUGCUUGAAACCAAGUUGAAGGAUAACAAGAUUAAAGAGAUGAUGAUGAAUAAGUUCAGUAGUUGGGAUUACUAUAGUAUCCCGACCAUUGAAGGUCGUUUGCUUAUUAUUUGGAGAAAAAGCUUUGUUAAGGUGAUAGUCUUGGCUGAAUCCUCUCAGUUUGCUCACUGUUAUGUGAAAAUGUCAGGUCAAGAAGAAGCUUGUUGUAUUACGUUUGUUUAUGGUUUGAAUACCACUGAUGAGAGGAAAAGUCUAUGGGUGGAUUUAUUGAAUCUCAAGUUUCCUAUGAAGCCUUGGCUGCUUCUUGGAGAUUUCAAUGAAGUCUUCAAUAGUGAAGACAGAGUUGGGGGGAAUCCUAUCUCUAUGAAUGACUUGACUGAUGCUUCUUUAUGGCAAGCUCAAGUUCAUGUGGAAGCUCUCAAAAGAUCAGGUUCGAAUUUUACUUGGUCUAACAACCAAGAUGGUGCUAGUAGAAUCUAUUCUAGAAUAGAUCAUGCGUUUGCCAAUGAGGAAUGGCAUGAUAUUUUUCCUAAUUCUACUAUCCAUUUUGCUUGGGAAGCAAUUUCUGACCAUUGCUCUUGUGUGGUUGCGGCUACUGUUUCAGAGAAGAUAGGCCUUAAGCCUUUUCGUUACUAUAAUUUUUGGGUUGAACACCCGGAGUUCAAGGGGUCUGAUGUUGUUGAUCAUUUUUUAAACCACUUUCGUGGUUUUAUGGGUAGUAAAAACACAACCAAUAUGCGGCUGAAUGUUAAGUGUAUGGGAAAAGGAGCUAGGCUUGGUCUGGAGCAGCAGUUGGCUAUUCUGAAAGCAUUCUCUAAUAAGGAAAUUAAGGAUGUUAUGUUCAGUAUUCUUGAUGAGAAAUCCCCUGGGCCUGAUGGGUAUGGCUCGGGUUUUUUCAAAAUAAUGUGGCCUGUUGUAGGGACUGAAUUUUGCAAAGUUGUUCAGGAUUUCUUUGCUACGGGGAGUAUGCCAUAUGAAUUUCAUUCUACAAUGAUAUCUUUAACUCCUAAGAAGGAUAACCCCUCGAGAGCUGUUGAUUACCGUCCUAUUGCGUGCUAUUCUACAAUAUACAAAUGCAUUUCAAAACUGACGUGUUUGAGGCUUGCGGGAGUGCUUCCUUCCUUGGUCAACCAAAACCAAGGAGCCUUCAUUAAGGGCAGAUCCUUAGCUCACAAUGUGAUGAUAUUGCAAGAUCUAUUAAAGAACUAUAAGAGAAAGACAGUAUCUCCUAGAUGCACCAUCAAAAUAGAUAUUAGCAAGGCUUAUGAUACUGUUAACUGGGACUUUCUUGAGGCUUUGCUCAAUGCCUACAACUUGCCUGAAAAAUUUGUUCGAAUGGUAAUGAUUUGUAUUCGGUCAACUACUUAUUCUAUUACAAUGAAUGGGAGGGUGCAAGGCAGCUUCAAGGGUGAGAAAGGGUUGAGACAAGGUGACCCAUUAUCUCCUUUACUUUUUGUCCUUAUCAUGGAAUAUCUAACCAGAAGGCUUCAGCUUGCUGCUUCCCAAUCCUUAUUCAGAUAUCAUCCUUUAUGUAAGGGUCUAAAGCUCAUUAAUCUCUGCUUUGCAGAUGAUUUAAUUUUGUUCAGUAAAGGCUCUAGACAGUCAGUGUUAGUUAUUAAAGAGGUUCUUUCUGAGUUCAAUAAAACAACAGGUUUGCAUGUCAGUGAGGACAAGUCGCAGGUCUUUUUCGGUGGUGUCAAUUCUAAUGAGAAGAGUGCUAUCCUCAAUGAUCUCCAACUCAUAGAAGGAGUAUUCCCCUUCCAAUAUUUGGGGGUGCCUCUUAGGCCAACCAAGUGGAAAGCUGAAGACUGUGGCAUUAUCAUCAAGAAAAUAAAUCAGAGGCUGCAUUCUUGGGCUAGUAGACACUUAUCAUUUGCUGGAAGAAUGCAGUUGAUUCACUCUGUGUUGUUUGGUCUUCGCAACUACUGGAUGAGCAUUUUUGUGCUGCCCCACAGUGUGACUAAAGAGGUUGAGAAAAUGUGUAGAGGCUUUCUUUGGGGUGUUAAUGGUAACAGGAGUAAAAUUCAUAUUGCCUCUUGGGACAAGGUGUGUCUCCCGAAGUCUUAUGGGGGUCUUGGGUUCAAGAAUGGGAUAAAAUGGAACCAGGCUAAUCUUGCCAAGUUUAUCUGGGCCAUCACUGAAAAGAGUGACUUACUAUGGGUCAAAUGGAUCAAUUCCAUUUAUCUUAAAGAUGUCUCUUUCUGGUCUUAUGAGCUUAAACCAGACACGAGCUGGUACUGGCGCAAGCUCUGUCACUUGAGUCUUCGAUUUACCUGUUCUGAGAUUGCAGCUGCUGGUUGUUCGGGUAAGUUCAAAUCUUCAGCUCUUUAUAACAGUUCAUUAAAUCAAACUCAGGUUUGCUACUACUUUAAAGCUAUCUGGAACUCUUAUAAUCUGCCUAAGCACCGGUUUUUGUUGUGGCAAGUGGUGAAUUCCCAACUCCUCACCAGAGAUAAUUUGAUCAAGUUUCAUCUUAAUUUGGUUUCAUUGGACUGCCCUGUGUGUGGAAUCAGUCUUGAGUCUCACGAGCAUCUGUUUUUCAGCUGCAGUUUAUCUGGUAAAGUAGUAGAUCAGAUUUUCAAUUGGUUAGGCUUGAUUGCUUGGCCUAAGGAUUUCAGCAGUUGGAUUAAUUGGCUGAAUCUGAAAGUGGCUGGUUUGAUUCACUAUAUCAAUAUUGUUGUUCUUGCAGCAGUCAUCUAUUAUCUCUGGAUUAAUAGGAAUAGGUGUAUUUUUGAAGGCUAUUCCCAUUCGGUUUCCCUUAUUGUGAAUGACAUUAGAGAUACAGUGAAGUAUAGAUUACUCUUUGUAAAAAAUAGAAACUUGAAUAGACUUGAGAGAAAUUACUUGUUGAGAUUACUUAUGUAA